AUGUAUAAUUUACCCGAAAUUAAAACAUUUACUAAUGCCCAUAACCACACAUUGACAUCAGGUGAGGCAUUGUCAUUUUUGAGGCCUACUGAUGAUAUCCGUUGUAUGUUUAAUGGAUACUUUACUAGUGGUCUUGGGAUUAGUGAAUCUAUAAAGAUUCACGAAGAAAAAGUAGAGCUGAAAUAUGGUAUAAAUUCAACAGAGUUGGCUAAUGCUCAUGUAAAUCCAAAAUACAGAACAGUAAGAUAUUGGUAUGACGAAUGGAAAAAAAUACACCUUGGGCCACAGAAUGGCGAUGGGGUAUUUCAGGUGAGUAUAUGGAAUAACACGUUUAUUUACUAUUAA